AAAAAGUAAAACAGUUCGCAGUUUCGCACGUGUUUGUCAGACGGGGAAGAAUGGCUGACGAAGAUGAUAACUAUGAUUGUUACAUGAAGGAGUGCAGCCUGUUGAGUGCCUCUGAAACAGUGAAGGACCUGAGCUCUGCAGAACAAGCGUCAACUAGUCAGAACUUCUCUCUGAAAGACACCAUCAGCAUAGCAGAAAAACUGAAAGAUUCCGGCAUCGAAAAUCGCGGCAGCCCCUUCGAAUCUCUGGAAUGCAUGACAGACUUUUUCACUCAAAACCCAAAACUUAACCCCAUCCUUGCCAACAUGGACAGCUCAAGGAAUGUUGACAGGAACAAAAUGGGCCAGUUCUUGUGGCACAGUUUCUCGAAAAGAGCUGCAUCGAGUCACUCCAUCGUAGUCAAGAAAACUGAUGAACCAAAGAAAAAUCAAAACUGUAAUGUUUUCUUCUCUGAGACUCCCUCUGAGGCGUGGACGAACAUAAAGGACCUGCCAAUAUUUUUUGCCAAUGAAGAAGAAGACCAGCAGUCUGAUAAUGGAGUGGAAAAGGAAAUUGAUGGUCUGCUGAACUCCCAAUCAAUGAUGGAGAGCGAUGAGAAAAUUAGUGUGCCUGAAUUUUUGGAAGAGUGUCGGAAUUCUCAGAGUGGAGUUUUUACACCGGAAUUUUUGUCCCGCCUGUGUGUCCAGUCAGAGGCCCAUUUAGCAAUGUUGCUUGCCUCCUGCUGCAAUUCUGACUUGUACAUUCCACUUUUGCUCGACUCAGCAAAGGAGCAGGUCAAACUGAUCCGCCCUCUCUGUGAGAAGAUCCUCUUGCCUCUGUCAAAACGGAACAACUUCGACACCACCAUUAUAGGGAAAACCUGCUUGUUGAUAAUAACUUUCCCAAUGUUGAUGUCUGCCCACCUGCUGGUGCCACUCGUACAAGAAUACGUGGGUGGCGAAAACCUGGCCAUUAAACUGACCAACCUCUGCGAAAACGAAGAUGUCAAGCACACCCUCCUAACCUGUUUGCUCAAUUCGGACUGGACCGCCAAGAAAACCGACCUGGACCUUCUGCAGUGCCUACUGGGGUCGACGGUGCCCAAAGACCCGGUGGUUGUCCAGCUUUUGUGCCAAAUGUUCAAGAACGCGGACACUGACCUGAAAAGCAGCCCAGAUUUUGCUAAACUGCUGCUGCAGACUAUCAAGGUCAUCAGGAGCGACCUGAAUGCCGAGUGUCGAGAACUGCUGCGUGCUGCCAUUGCAGAGGUCAAAUUGCCGCUGAGGUCUUUGAUGGAAAAACAGCUGCAAUAAACAAAACCUUCAAGAAUUCAAAAAGAUCCAGGACGUUUUUCAAUUCCAUCCAGUCGACUUCCAUGUCCUCUCCUGCAACCUCCUUGAAGAAGGCCUUAACUUUAUCAUCUAGCACAGAGUUCAUCGGCGAUGUUGAAAUCUUUGAAUUGAAAUAAUAAUUUGAAAAUAGGAUGAUGCGUUAAAUUUUAGAAAUUUUGCCUUGUUAGUCGUCAUCUCUAAAAAUCCUAUGCAUCUGUCAUUUUCCCUGCGGAGAAAACGUUUAAUUUAAUUUUAUUCUAUUAAAUAUUAUUUCUAUUA